AUGGACAACUCCAAAGACCAAGGCAGCAAGAUCGCCAACACCGAUGAAAACCCUAGCAGCAAUACUCAAUCACCUGUUGAUUCUUCCCUUAUUCCUGCUGUCGCUGUAGAAAAUGGCAAUCCAAACCGCCCUUCUGCGGCUCCUAGAACUCCCUUUACCAAUCUAAGUCAGGUCGACGCUGAUCUUGCCUCGCUCGUGGAGUUUGAGGGAAAGGGCAUAUAUGAUGUUGAAAUGAAUGGCGAUGGGAGUGACCAUGAGAGUUGGGAAACAGGAAGUUAUGUGCAUGAUGAUGAUGAUGAUGAAUUUGAUCAUCACAACAGUGAAUAUGAGGGUUCUGAAGCCAAUGAAGAAGAAGAAGAUGCAUUUGAUGUCCAUGCUCAUCUUGAUCUUGGAUCUGGAGAGGAGGAUAGAAGUAACCACGGUGUUGAAUUAGAUCCUGCUUCUUUCCCGGAUGAUGAGUCAUAUGCAAGAGCUUUACAAGAUGCUGAAGAUCAAGAUGGCUGCUAG